AAUGUAAGGGAAAUCUUAAUGUAAUAAUGCAAUCUUAAUAACUGAUAAUCCCCUAGCAUAAGUAUUUUAUGAUCCAAGUAAUCCGGACGAAAUACAUUUCUCCGCCUAGAGAUUUCCAGCUAUUCCUGGCACCCGAUUCCCAGCCGUCAUCCGAAAGACAUCCGAAUCUCAAAAUUCUCAGCGCACGUUUCGUUCAUCGUUUUUAUUUUUAAAUACCGCAAGAUUUCCCGUAUCGACAUCCCGAUUUAGAGGUGGCCAUGUCGAAACCCCUGCAUCUGAUGGCCAGGGACCAACUGGCGGGCAUUGCGGAGGAAGAGGGGCGUCGCAAACGCGCCGAGAUGCGCUGGAGUUAUGGCAACAAGUUCUCCAGCAUAAAUCUGAAUAAGAUGCGCCAGAAGAAGAGCACCAGUGGCGAUUUGGUUGCGACUAAAGCGUUGGUAGGGCAUACGCCCUGUGAAGCGGAUGUUCCGCAGCCAAAGGACAAGGAUAUAUCAUUGCGACGGAUCGCCUCGAGCUUUGCCCAUGUCAGGGAUUUGGUCAGCGGCAAUUGUGCCGCCUUGCCGCCAGAGGACAGUGAGGAUGAUGCCCGUGAAGAGCGCGCCGAGGUGCUUAUUUGCAGCCAGUCGAUGCCGCCUGGCGAAUCUCCAACGCCAGUUGAUCCAGUCAUAAUACCCCCUAAACCCCUCGAACCCUUCGAACCCAUUGAAACCAUCGAACGCCCAGAAGAUGUGGUAUCCCAGCCGGGUUCUUUGAAGUUACCCAAAAUACUGCCGGAUCCAUUGCAGCUCGAAUCCCGGGCCACCGAACGUUGGCAACAGCUGGGCAGUACGGUUUCCGCCUUGUUUCGGGCCCGACGCUACAUCGACAGUCCGGAGACCCCGGUGGCACAGACCCGACGACUGCGGGAGCAGCGCGAACUCCUCGAGGCCUUCACCCGGCCCUUUCUGUAUGAGGCCUACAAGCGGGAGUAGCUGCCCUGGUCCCCCACAUAAAUUCGAAACCCAGUUCUGCGCCCAUCCAGCCCAUUGAAAUUCAGCUCAUAUGUUGUAAAUCAAAUUCAUUUCAUUGGAUCUCGCAUUUCGUA